GAUAGGAUAGGGUGAUAAUGGCUAAACAAAACCGGAUCAAGUGGGAAUAUUUGAUGUCAAAUGAUUAUCAAGCAUUGCUCUGAAUGCAUCCGUGAGGUGCCGGAUCGACAAUUACAUUGGACGGAAACGACGGAUCACUUACUCAUGAGUCAAUCGAAUUAUUGAGAUGUGGAAUGCGGAUAGAGUAUACUGUACUCCGGGAGUAGAGUAGUUGAAAGAAAGAUGGUUAGAUGGACGAGAGGGGGAGAGACGGAUAGACGAUCACCUCAGUCGUGAUCCUGGGUUCCCACUGUACACUCUUCCGUACAUACAAACUACUACUCAGAGUACAACUACGAUACGAUGAUCUCUCAUAAUCAACCACCUACUAGCGCAUAGUUAAUAUUAUGUCUCUCCAUCCGCUGGCCGCGCCCGUUCUCAGCGCCAACGCAGAUUCCGAUUCCGAUUCCGACUGGGAAUACGAGUACUCCACGGAAACAGAGUCCUUCUACCUCAACCUCGACCUAACCUCCCUCCACGGCCCCAUUCGUCCGCCGCGGCGCCGUAAUGCUACUGCAUCCGCGCCUAAUAAUAAUGAACCCGACGCGGACCCGGAGCCCGACGCGGACGCGGACUUUUCUCGCCCUCUAGAAACCACCGAGUCCGACGCCAGGCAUGCAGGUGCGAGUGCGAGCGCGAGUGCGAGUGCAAGUGCAACGGCGCAAGAUCGCCUCCAGAUCCUCGGCCUCCACACCUUGAAUCCUAUUGUCUCGUACCAGAACCAGGUUUUCAGUUGUUCCUGGGCCGAGCAGAUUGGGACCGAGUUGUUUUUUACGAGGCCGGAUGAACUUGCCGCCACACCUACUGCAACAACAACAGCAGAAAUUGAUGUCGAUGCACCACUAGCACGUGGCAAAGAUUUCGACUUAAUUGCAGCAACCAGUGUCAAAAUCCUCGGUCGCAAGGCGAAUCUUAUUUCUAGUUCUGAACCUUCUACUACUACUCCCGCCGCAUCUACAUCUACAUCUAACCCUCCGAAACCAUCAACGUCAUCCAAUCAAGCGCGUUUCCUCGAACGCUUGUCCAGCGUUAAACAGGCAAAAGGUGAAACAGACACAGUCCGAACAGUAUACAGCACGCGUAGAACGCAGAAUCUCGAAGAUAGAUUGCGCGGGUGGGCCAGGACUGAGGAGCAAUUGGCCGAGGUUCAGCGAUUACAGGAAGCUGUGCUUCGCGGGGACGAGGGUGCGAUGGCGGCGUUGGAGAGGGUUUAUCGGGAUUUACAGGGUGAGGGAGUUGGUGAUCGUGACGGGGCUCCGAGUUUGAGCUAGCUAGCUAUGCUAUGAUAUCAGCGGUUUGAUUCACGUGUAUGUAUCCGAUGCUCCGGCCGAGGAGUCGUGAUGAUCGUCGGGAUCUGAGUUUAUACUCGGCAGUUGAACUGGUUUGACGGACGGAUGUCUGCGUCAUAGUCUUGCUUAGUGGAAUGUCGCGAUGUGCAAGGGAGAACAGAUUGUAGGUGUAUAGAUAAUUGCGGAGUAUGUAUAAAGGUUCAUAGAUACACGACAA